GCAUCAUUCACGUAUACGCUGUAAUACACCACCAUGGAUCCCAUAAUAACCUCCCGAAAGGUUGCCCUUUCCACUAAGAACAAUCCGCUCUCUGUCAACAUUCUGGAAGCCAACUACUCUCCCGCUCGAGAUCGACCGCUCAUCGUCCUCCUUCACGGCUUCCCGGAACUCGGCUACUCCUGGCGCAAAGUCAUCCCCCCUCUCGCCCAUGCCGGAUAUUAUGUAGUCGCCCCUGACUGUCGCGGCUUCGGCCGUACCACAGGCCACGAUGACCGCUCCUAUGAGAAGGUGGAUCUAUCAACCUUUUCCGUUACUACUCUUGUCCGGGACGUUGUCCUCCUAGUGCACGCGCUGGGCUACCGAUCCGUCCGCUGCGUGGUUGGCCACGAUGCUGGAGCCGUCACAGCAGCUAUGUGUGCUCUCAUUAGGCCGGACUUUUUCCAGAGCGUCGUCAUCCUCAGCCAUCCGUUUAACGGGGCUCCGGAGGCACCAUUUAACACCGCGAAUGACUCAGGAAAAGAACAAGCCGGAGUCAAAGGAGGCGCUGAAUCUUCCGCAGGCGAUGUACACAGUGCUCUUGCCUCCCACAACCGCAAACACUAUAAAUGGUAUUAUUCCACUGCUCCCGCGAACGAUGAGAUGAGUCAUCCCCCGCAGGGCCUACACGAGUUCCUGCGUGGUUAUUUCUAUCUCAAAAGCGGAUCGUGGAAGGGGAACAAGCCAUUUCCAUUGCGCGAAUGGUCAGCUACUGAACUUGCCCAACUGCCGGGCUAUUACAUCAUGCCGUUGGACAAGACGAUGCCGGAGACCGUGGCGGAUACUAUGUCACGGGAGCCCAAGGAGGAUGUCCAGCAUUCACACGAUUGGCUGUCUGAUGAGGAAUUGGCAGUUUAUGUGGCUGAGUAUGAGCGGACUGGGUUUCAGGGAGGUCUCAAUUGGUAUCGCGUGCGGACGGCCAAGGACGGGAAGUACACGGGAGACUACGAAGUGUUUGCAGGGAAGAAGAUUGAGAUUCCGUGUUCCUUUGUGUCUGGGAAGUUGGAUUGGGGCAUUUAUCAAGAGCCAGGGGCCUUGGAGAGGAUGAGGGAUGGGACUGUAUGUAAAGACUUCCGUGCGAUGAGAUUGAUUGAUGGUGUUGGCCACUGGGCGCCACAGGAGAGUCCUGGGGUGGUGGUAAAUGUUAUUUUAGAGUUGGUGAGGGGUUUGUAAGUAUAACAAGGAUAGUUUUUCGUCCAUGUAUAUAUUGUCAAGCUGUUGAAUAGAUAUUCUUCCUCAAAGCCA